AUGCCCUCUGCGCCUCAGGCCCCGCCCACCGACGGCUCAGGACUCGCCUCUCGCCCCUCAGGCCCCGCCCACCGACGGAUCAAAGCUACGCCCUUUGUCCCUCAGGCCCCGCUCACCGACGGCUCAGGGCCCGCCUCGUCCUUCAGGCCCCGCCCACCGACGGCUCAGGCCACGCCCCCUUCUCCCAGGCCCCGCCCCUUGCCCCUCCGGCCCCGCCCAACGACGGUUCUGACCACGCCCCCUUUCCCCGAGGCCCCGGCCACCGACGGCUCGGGGCCCGCCUCUCGGCCCUCAGGCCCCGCCCCCGGUCGGCCGGUUGUCGCCCGUUCGGCCGCCAUGGCCGCCUUGUCGGCGGGGCCCGUCGCCCCGAAGGCCCUGCAGAGCGCCAUGAAGCUGGCCAACGGGGCCAUCGAGCUGGACACCGGCAACAGGCCCAGGGAGGCGUAUACCGAAUACCUGAAGAGCAUCCAGUACAUCUCCCAGGUGCUGCUGGAAGAGGCCGAGGUGGUAAAAGGUGACCCGGUGACCCCAGACACCACAAAGAUGCUAAAGCUGGCAGAACAGUGCCUGGAGAGGGCCAAGUCAACCGCUGCCCGGUUAGGGAAGCCGCGAUGGAGGCCGUCCGUCCCCGAGAGCGUUGCGGCCCCCGCCCCGGCCAGCCGGCACCGCAGAGUUUUCUCCGAUGAGGGGGGGAAGCUGGCUCCUUUUCUUCCCCCGGAAGUCUUUCAGAAGCUGCAGGCCGCCAAGUCUCAGAGCUCUAAAAAGGAGCUGACACCCCUGGAAGAGGCUUCGCUGCAGAACCAGAAGCUGAAGGCGGCCUACGAGGCACGGAUGGCCCGGCUGAACCCCAACCAGGCCGUGCAGAAGACGUCCCUGACCCUGUCCCUCCAGCGGCAGAUGAUGGAGAAUCUGGUGAUCGCCAAAGCCCGGGAGGAGACGCUGCAGAGGAAGAUGGAGGAGCGCCGGCUGAGACUCCAAGAAGCGGCCAACAGGAGGUUCUGCAGCAGCGUGGCUCUGACACCUGAAGAACAGGAGCAGCGGGCCCUCUAUGCCGCCAUUCUGGAGUACGAACAAGAUCAUGACUGGCCAAAGCAUUGGAAAGCCAAACUGAAAAAGAACCCAAGUGACCUGUCUCUGGUGACUGGCCUGAUCUCCCACCUGCUCAGUUUCUCCGAUCACCCCAUCUCUCAGCUCCUGAAGAAGCUACAGUGCUCCGUUUACAACAGGUUGUAUCCCGUCGUCAUCCAGAACGCAGCAGAUCCCAAGUCCGGCCCCGGUUGCCCCUCCCUGUCCCCGGACCCGGAGGGGCUGCUGGCGCCCAGCGGUCGGCGCCUCCGAUCCUCCCAAAGCCUCUACUGCAUGCUGUCCCUGGCCGAACCCGGCAGACCCAACCGGGAACCCUCCCCGGGCGGCCUCCCUGCCCGGGCCUCACCCCCCAGCCCCCUGGACAGAGAGGCGGACGGCUGCCUGGCGGGGCCGGCCUCCCCGCUGCUGGAGGCUGCCCGUCACCUGCGGGACAAGGACAGUUCCUUCGAGGAUUUGGAGCAGUUCUUGGCCGGCUCGGAGAAGUGGAACCUGGGCCCCGGGGAGCCGGCCGAGCCUCCGGGCUCAGGCGAGGAGAAGGCAGCGCUGCCGGACCAGUUGAAGAGCAUCGUGAAGGAUGUGCACAACUCCAUCGACAGACUGCUGUCCCUCACCCUCUUGGCGUUCGAGGGUUUGAACACUGCCGCCUCGAAGGACCGCUGCCUGGCUGGCAUCGAGGAGCCCUUCUUCUCGCCGUUGUGGACACCCCUGCUGACCCUCUACAGGAGUGUCUAUCGAUCUCGUGAAGUGGCCCUGGCCAGGAGUAUGGAGCUUUUCAGGAACAUGACCCCCUCGGCCAUGGGCAUCGCCUCCAAACUCUUCCCCCAGAAGACUGGACCCAAGAAUGCCGGUUCCUACCCAUACUGUACUGCAGUUCAGGAAUUGGGGCUGAUGGUACUGGAGUGCUGCCCGCAGAAGAAGCUGGAAUGCAUUGUGCGAGCCCUUCGUAUCAUCUGCGAGUGUGCUGAGGAAUACUGCGGGGCCAAGGAGAACCGGCUGCAGGCUGGAUCAGCGGCCAUUGGUGCUGAUGACCUGCUUCCUAUCCUGUCCUACGUGGUGCUGAAGAGCAACUUGCCCCAGCUGGUGUCCGAGUGUGCGGCGCUGGAGGAGUUCAUUCACGAGGGGUAUCUGAUCGGAGAGGAAGGGUACUGCCUGACGUCCCUACAGAGCGCCCUGAGCUAUGUGGAGCAGCUUCACCGAGGACCCCUGGUCAAGUAGCUGGGCGGAGGGUGCGGAGCAGGGCUCGGUGCCCGGCUGGAGACGGGCAGAGACCCCCAGGCGGGGCAGGAGAGGGGCCGGCCCCCUGGAGCCCCAGACCCUGCCUCCUCUCACCCUUGAAGCCCCUCGGGCUCCAGCAGAGGCCCCGGGGGGUGAGUACUGCUUGGAACUAAGUUUGCACUGCUCCUGGGGGGCAUGGCGGGUUGGGGAAACACCUCCCUGUUUCACUACCCUCUCUCGCCUUCUUUCUUCAUCUGGUUUCCCUGGGCUCUGUAGGGGGAGGAUUGCUGGGUGGGAUGAAUCCAGGGAGUUGCUUUAGUGCAGAGUCCUUCCUUCCAUCUUUUGGGCUUCCCCCGACUCCCUCCCACCAAGCCCUGAUUAUCAGGGGACUUGAAAGAGUCCUGGACGCCCCCAGUUAUUCAGGACAGGGUCUGAAGUCCUCCACCCUCAGUCUGCCCCUGCCUUUGGGAAGCCGGGCGUCUCCUGGGCCCACCGAGGGAGCGAGCAUCGCGGGACCCCUGGGGACCUGAGGUGACGACCAUUGGCAGCCCUCCUGCCCCACGUACCUUGGGUUCCCGAGAGCUCCACCUUCCUCGACCCCUCCUUGCUCUCGCUGCCUGGACAGUCUUUUCAUGUGGUCCCUCUUCCUCUGGGCUCCCCAGAGCUCCGACCCAGGGGCCCUGGGCAGAGCCCUUCCUUUCGUGUUGAGCUGCUGCCUGCACAGAUGUAGCUCUCCUCCAUGCCAAGUGGCUGCAGUUAUGUCCCAAGUGGGAGAGGAUCCCCAGGAUCUCCGGGCCCAAGCUGGGAGAAGGGAGCCGGGCACCGUCUCUCAGCCGCUGCCUCCCAGUCUGGCCCUGCUCCCCCCUUCUCCCGGUCUUGCUUCCCGAUCCCCUGCCCAGCCUGGUCAGUCGGAGGACACCUGCCGGAUAGGUGGCCAACAUGGGCACGGGGGAAGUCUGGAUUGGCUAGGAAUGCCGAGCAAGGCAAGAGAGAGGCCAAGAGAAAGGAGAGAAGCCUUCUGCUCAGAAAGGAAGGAAACUAGGACCAUGGCCGCAACCCGGGGCCUCCACACCUCGAUCCGGAACCCAGGCAAAAGGGUCAUUUUCCUCCUUCCCAAAAGGGAAGACACCAGCGGGGCAGUGAGCCGACUAAGAAUGGCUUGGAGGCAGGGCUCCAUCCCCAUCUGACCUGCUAUCCAGGGCCUCUGCGUACUUGUGCAUCUUCCUUCUUAGACUUGUUCUGGGAAAAGAGGAGACAGAUCCUCCCUGCCUGGGGUCAGCGUUCAUAGGGUGUGAGGUAAACCUGCCAGGAGCCCUCUGAGACCCCAUACCCUGACCUCGAGUACGGGCGAAGCUGCCAGAACCUUGUUUGAGCUACUCUCCCGCUCCCCCUUUCUCUCUCUCCCCCUUAAUUAGACUCUGCUGUUUCGUCUCAUUGCAUCUUUCUCUCUCUGUUCCCCUCUGUCUCCGUCGCCCUCGGAGGUGAAACGUUAAGGGAAAGGGAGACGUGAGGAAAAAAUAUCAACCUCAAUAAGGGAGACAUUGGCCAAAUGAUUUGAGCACCAUUUCUAUGGAUGACUAGGCCUAGGCUGGUGAAAAUCCUUCUGGACUGAGAAAUUUUUAGCCCCUAGCUGCAAGACUGUUUUACCGGAACUGGGGCCCUGGGGCUGCACUAGGUCCCAAAUUAGCACUGCCCCUUACACUAGCUGUGACAGACUUUGUAAUCUCCAUAAAGGGAUUCUUGGAGGGGCCCCCCCGCCCCAAUGUUGAGCCAGCGUGGGGGCUUCACUUGGUUUUCACCUCCGAGUCUGGAAGGCGGGGAAGAGGAGGGAAAGGGCACCAGCCUAAAAGUUGGGGUUCCUGCACUCAUGACCCUUUCCCUCUGGCUUUUAAGUUUUCCCCCGGCCCAGACUUUUGGAGGAAAGUUAGAAGUAGAGACGUGUUAUUUUAUUUAUUUAUUCUGAGCUACACACUGGGGACUUUGGUUCGGAUAAUCCCUCUCAGUCCCCCUGGGGAAGGUGGGAUUGGUGGCCCUGGAUCCCAAAGAUCCCUGCCUUCCCCUUCUCCUCUCCCAUCCCCCCCGGCAUUUCUCUGCUCUCCCUCAGUGGGCUGGAAACCUUUCUCCACCUCCCCUGCCCCCUGCCCUGCCUCUGGGACUGGCAGGAUGCAACACCCCGAGCAGGAGAAGCCUCGCUUCUCAGCAGCACCCCUUCAUUCUACCCCCCAACCCCAUCCCUCCUCACCCUCCCCCUCCAACCUGCCCACUCCACCCUUAGGUUCUGUUGCCCUGUGGUUCCUUGUGUCCGUCCUAAUGAGCUCUGCCUUGGGGGUCUGAGCAGAGAGCAAGUCUUCCUCUGUCCCCUCUAUGGCUCCUUGACUCAUUAUCUAGGACUCCUCCAAGUUUACAGGGUGUCGGGGCGGUAACCGUUCCUCCUCCGCCCAUCCCCGCUGGCACAGUCCCUGAGCGGGUCUGGCCCUGUGCCCACGUGGGCCCAAUCCCUGAGUGGCCCCAGCUAGUCCCUGAACAAACCCAGGACCCCUCUGGAACCCCAACCAGCAGCUUUUCUCCCAGGAAAGAGCCGGAAGAAACAUCACCCCCACACCCACCCGCCCUUCAGCUCGUCCCCGCCUUCCCCCUUUCCCAGUCAAUGUGAAUCCUGUGAAAUUUGCCAAGUCUUCACUCUGGCCGGGGCCACACGUCCUCACCAUCCUCAGUCCUCUCCGUGUGCUGCUUCUCAUCUUCUCACUGCAAAGGCAACCCCUCCUUCUCCUUGCCCCGGCCCCAUCCCUUCCCAACCCUGUUGGAUUUGACUGUUACACCUUCUGUUGGAAAAGCCGGCUUGGGGGCUGUGGGAAUAAACAAGUCACUACUUGGCCUUGCCUCUGCCUUCCUGCUUUUUCUCCCCCCCGCUUUCUGCUGAGCUGAGGCUGAAACCCAGCACAGAGUAGCCUGGUGCCGGAGGCAGGAGGCCAGUCCCCCCCCCACCAUCCCCUUGGGCCAUCUGAGCCCAUCCCUGUCCUUUUGAGGAGUUCGACUCGACUCGCCCCUGCAAAGACAUCAUCCCACUAACCUUUGGCCCACCCCACACUCCAAACACCCUUAGGUCUUUGGCUUCAUUCCCUCACCCUGGUGCUGCAAAUUUCCCAGCGGGGAAGGCUUCCAUUCCUACAUGAUUGGGGGUUCCCACGAUGCCUGUCACUGGCUGAGCAUUUCGGGAGAGACUGCCAUCUUGAUAGAUGCCUCUGAUUGCGCUUGGGAAGCCAGGGAGAAAGGAACUUGGGCCUCUCUCUCUCUCUGCCCCACACCCUGACACUGAGAGCCAUCCCAAUCGAUCAAUCA